CACUUUAAAACGCACCAGAGACUUGGCACAAAAGGAGCCGCUCGCAGGCGAGCACGAGGACUGUCUCUUAUUACAUCAGGGGGUAAACACACUUUGUACCUGGCGCUCCGUCUCGGAAGACGCACUUAAAAAGUCGGGGGGGAAAAAAACAUGGAAUUCGAGUUGUAGAAAAUAAAACUCUCAGUUGCGCCUUCUGCAGGAAGUGGUCCAGAGAUGUGGAUGCAGCCAUUACGCACUGGAACGGUGCACACUUCCAUGCUUGACUUUAAACUUUAAAGAUAUACAUCUUUAUUUGUAUAUUCCUUUCCUCUUAUUUUUGGUUUGAGCAGUCACAUGACGCAAAGUUUUACUUGGACUCCAGGUUUCGUGGUGAGACUGUGCGCCUACCAACUGGGGUCGUGUGCGUAUUUGCAGAUAACUCGGGAAACAUGAACGUCUCCUUCUUCGACGUGACCCAGGGUGCACUGUUUAACGGGAGUCAGACCCUCCUCGCAGGAACCCUGGCUACAUACUCCGGCAACGACACCGACAACGUGGUGACCGGCGACGGCGGAGGCUCCCUCGUGCUGCUGCAAGACGAGCGCAAACUGUUUGUCAUGCGUGUGGUGCAAAUCGCGGUACUGUGUGUGCUCUCGCUCACCGUUAUGUUCGGGAUAUUUUUCCUCGGGUGCAACCUGAUGAUCAAGUCGGAGAGCAUGAUUAACUUCCUGGUGAAGGACCGUAGACCCUCCAAAGACGUGGAGACGGUCAUGAUCGGGCUCAGCUAGAACAGGAGGACCGGGAAAAGUGGACAGCUGGAGCGGGGAUCCGGUACGAGGACAUGGAGCGAUUUUCCAACCGCAGGUCAAGAUCUGCAUCUGCAUGUAUACUUCAUAGACGUUCUCUCUGUGCCCUCGUGAGGAAAGAUAUGCAAAAACUUCACAUUUGCUUCCGAAAGUGACCACAGAAAAGCGGUCCUGCGACCAAUGUCUGUGCGUAAAGUUUGUGCGUAAAAGCCGGGCAAUUGUUUACACGUGGGCCGAUCUGUUGAAUCUUUGGAGUGAAUUUAAUAUUGCCAACUUGAACAAAGUGAUGAAAUGUUUACAAGAUGUUACCUCAUUUGUGUGUGUGUGUGUGUGUGUGUGUGUGUACAUUUGAAAUGAGUGUUAAUGAAUGUUGUCAAAAGCAUGAUUGUGAAUUCCACGUGUCAGACGGUGUACUACGUGGACUUUAUGAAUAUGUGGGUAAUAUUUGAAGUAUUUUUCUUGGUCUCGUUUGGUAAAUAUAGUAUAAAUACUAAAAAAAAAAAACUUGCACGUUUUUCAAGAACUCCGUCACAACUAUGGAGUAAUUGCUGGUUCCUUUUUGGCAUGCUCGCUAAAUGAUCUGUAAAGUGAUUUUUGGACCUGUUUUGCACUUUUGAAACCACUGAUGCUGCAUGAAUUAUUUUGUACCAAAAAUAGCUUUGAACUUGAAAAUUGCAUCAUGCAAUUAAAAAAAACACUGAAAUGACUACUUUAA